CUGUGAAACAUUUAGAACCUAAAAAAGCAGCGCCGCCAAUCUACUUCCCGUUGUAGCGAAACAGUGGACGCAAACAAAGCAGCUCCAGCGCUCUGUCAUCACAAAGCUGGUGGCGUGCCGCGGCCCUCGUCCAAGGUUAGCAGCUUCUCAUCCCCGUAGUGCAUGGCAGCAGCAGUGGCAGCGGCCGGCGCUGAAAUGGCCGUGUAUCGUCAGAAACGUCCCAACUGGACCGAGGACGAGCGGCUGCGACUCGUGCAAGAGAUCGGCGAGCGCAUUGACGUCAUCCGCGGCAAGCUGGGUCCCACACUGACACUCCGCGCAAAGCGAUCCGCCUGGACUGCAGUGCAGCAGGCACUGAACGCGGGCAAUGACUCACACACACGUACUGUGCCUGAGAUCAAGAAGCAGUGGAGCAACCUGGUGCAGAGGUGCAAGCACCGCGUAAAUGCACAUAACCGCGGCACCAGCCGACAAGGAGAGAAUGGGCGCUCCUUGGAUCUGUCCAUAGUGGAGAGAACCAUACUGGACGUCAUUGGUGAUGAUUGCUCGUAUGCUGAUUUUCUUGAUGGUGCUGGCCCUGACAUCUGCGGUGACGUUGAUGGAAGCCAAGACAACUGCCUCGGUUCCUCCGAGGACGAAACACUCAUCCAGUCACUGGACUCCAGUGUGCCAGAGUGGUUCUGGAAGACAAGCGCUCGAGCAUCGGGCGCAGCUUCUGCAUCUGCAGCACUGUGUGCCAUCCGCCCAUCCGCUAAUGGUGCCAUGGCCGCCACAGUUUCCAUGAAGAGGGAGCACAGCGACGACGACGAACACCCACCGUCUGCCGAGUGCGUGACGGCGGAGUUCGAAGGUGACGACGAACACGACGAUGUCGCCGAAGCGUUGGGCAUUGUUUACGAACGGCCGACCGCUGCUGCCGCUGCCUCUGGCAAGCAGCCGGUGCCUCGGCAGGCAACGUGCUCUCAGAUGGGUGCCGGCCGUCGCCCGGCUGUGACACCGCAGCAGAGACAGACGUUGCCACCGCCACCCCCACCUCCGCCUCAGCUUCCAGCAAACCCUCCAAGACGCCAACCUAGCGGACCCAACGCAGAGACUGGUGGGGACGGGGAGGACACUGGCAACCGCUGCGAAGAGAAUGCGGGAGACGACGAGUUGGCAACACUGCGUAAGACCCUGCUUGUCGAGCAGAUCAGGGCUGCCCGGGAGCAAGCCCGGGCAUUCCAGGCCGUUGCCUCCGCCGCGCAGGCCGUGCGUGACUGUGUUGCUAGGGCUGCCAAGUCUCGUGUGCACACAGAGAAAGUGAAGCGCAGAAAGCUGGCGCUGCAGAUGAAGAAGAUGGCGGAAUGACACCGCCAGCGAAAGUGGAAAGCAAAGACGGGUUGCUGUUGAUGCCCUGUCAUUUCAUUGCCUUGAGGAUUUGCCAGUCCGUAUGUCACAAAGUGUGCCUCCUGCCUGUUGUUUUUGGAUUGUGGCUGCUGAGCAGCCAUUGAGGUGUUCGUCUGGCGGUCUCAUUCUCAGGGAUUCCCAGCCCACCACUGGUAACAGUGUUCUGAGAUUCUAAUGAUCAUGAGCGCCCAUAUUAAGAUAUCCGUAUUGAGCCGGUUGCACUUAAGCUGUGCUUCAAACUUAGUCCAGAGCGUUGCUUAUUGUGCCCUUGUAUGGUUGCUUUUAAUGUCCUCCUCACAUUUUCCUUUUUGUAGUCACCUUUAUGUUUCAAGCUGUUUCUCCAGUGAAUUGCUUUUUCAUGUCACAGCUCUUUUACAUACUCAGUCAUCAUUCCCUGUGAACCCUUCAUUUUUUCAAGUAAUCAUAUGUGUAGAAUUUUCUCAUAUUUGCCUAUUUUGAAAAGAAGGAAUCUAGUGUGGAGAAUAAGUAAAACAGUUUCAUAGCAUCUACUUAUGUGGCACACAAAGUGUAGGUGCUGAAUUCAGUGAGAAACUGUUGAUAUCUUGACAUUCCCAUGUCCCGUGCUUGUUGUGCCUUGAAUGUACGUGUGCUUUUCUAGGCAUGAUGCCAGUGUUUUGCAUGUGAUAGAGCGAUGUUAUGAACUCAGGCCAGCCAAGAAACAUGGCGCUUUACCACGCAUGCGCCCUCACUUUGCACAGAAUUAACAGAGCAGGAGCAUAAUAUUCACUUAUCGUGAAGUUAGACUUUACUUGAAGAAAUACAACUUCAUUAAAUUUUCCACCUGACAAAGUAC